GGUGACUCUCGGCAAACGCCGUCUUUCUUGCUUCGAUCCAGAUCCCCAGAAGUUAGAACUGCCCAGAUCGCUCUCGCUGUGGACAGCGCGAGAGACAGCGAGAUCGCACAUGGAUUUGCCUCGAAUGAGUCGAAAUUGUCUGCGAGCCCUUCGGGAUGCCUGCACGUGGGCGAAGCCCUCGUCCUCAUUGCUGCGUGAAUCGUCUCCCUUGGCCUCCUGGUCGGUGACCUACCGCCGGUAGAGGCCGAAGAUCCUCGUCGACUCGUUCUGCGGCUGCUGUCCUUGCUUCGUUCUCAUCCAUCAGCGCGACCGCCUCGAGUUUAUGGUCAAAUAUUUCAAUGUAGACCCCCCCCUCCAGAUUUGUAUUUCAAUACCGUCAACGGUUCACUGAUGACAGACCAUCAGAUGCUCUUUCACAACUUCGCUAUACCCUGUACAUCACUUCUGGUCCGCAAAUCCCAAACCUCACUGCAGAUCUGGCGCAUCCAUGCCGUAUUGAUUGGUUAUUCGUCUAUCAUACUCGUAACUCGACUAUGGAAGAAGGCCCGGAUACAUUUGAAAGUAAUUUGUGCGUCGAUCUUGAGAUUUUCGCCUUCCCAUAAAAUUGCCACCGCAUCCUACUUUACCAGCACCUACCACCGUGUCGCUGACACUUAUCUUCUGGUUGCCCACGAAGCAGAAACAUCCAUAAGCACGAUCUCAUGACACGUCUGCUCGACAUUCUGCUCGACACCAUCGUCAACUUCUUCACCAACCACACUGCUCAACAAAACAUAGACGUU